AUGGAUGCAAAUCUGCAUGAGAAUAAACAGGAGGAGUCUCUUCACGGCAGGAGGAGUGAGCAGAGUCUCCUCAACAUGUUGGCUGAAACUAUUCAAGGGCUCGAAGCUGUCAGACGCUGCAGAAAUCAUCACUCUGAGACAGUGGGUGGGAGGAGAAGCAUCGGAGAAGAACCAGGUAGAGGCGGAGGAGAGGAGAUGCCCGGUCCUGCAGAAGAUGAGGAGGACGAUGCAGAGAGAGGGAGAAAUGCUGAUGAAGAGCGGGAGGAGAGGGAGUGUAAGCAGAGAGUCCUGGGAGUGCUGAGGGAGCUGAGUGUUUGUCAUGCAGACAGAGUGACAGCAUGGAGAGGAGUUCUCAGAGAGUGUGCCCGCAUGCUCCUCAAGUGUCCACCGGGGGGCAGUGAUCAGCAACAUCCAUCCACAACAGAUACAGAAAGUACAGUCACACCUUGUUCAGACUCCUUCAGUGCAACUUUUUUAAGUGUUGGAGAGGACGUAGAGAACAUUAUAGACAAAAUAAACACUAUCAUAACUAAGCUGGAUGAAGAAAUGCUAAAAUUAUGUGCAGCGGAGGCCUCAACUGAGGAUGCAACACCUCAGGAGAUCAGAGAUCCAAAAGAAACAGAGCAACCUGAAGAUGACAAAAAUCACCUGAACUCCGAUGAUCCCCUGGAGUCUGACUCUGGGCAGAAACAGGGCGCUGAAGAUGGAGAUGAUCAAAGUCCCACAAGGCCGCCAUCACCAGACAGUAAACAAACCUCAGACUCCAGAUUCAGCAGUUCUGACUGCAACAAUGAGGAAGAGACAGGGAAAGAAUCAGAAGUGAAAAGUCAAGGGAGUGGAAAUAAAGACUGUGUUUCUCCAGAUUGUCACACAGAUUUCCUACAGGAGACAGAAAAGGACACAAAUAAAGUAAAUGAGAAGGGCAAAGAGGAGACAAACAAGGAAUGGAUCACAGUCGGGCUCACUGGUCGACAGGACGACAGCCCCUCAGACGUACCAGACACAUGCUUCAUCAGAGCACCUACAGGUGUGGCUGAAGUCCUGAGAUGUGAGGUGGCCGACACCCUGAGCUGCCUGAUGGUGACCGGCUCGGAGGAGCUGGUCAGCAGAGUGAUCAGGGUCAAAGUUCAGGACGGAGCCAGCGUCCACUUCCCCGUGACUGUGGCUGUGCCUUUCUGCGCACGUUACCGUGGCAACUACAGGGAUGUCACUGUGAAGGUAGUUGAUGGGGAGAGAGGGGCCAGCUACGUCACGCCUGUAACCACAGAGGGCACGUAUGGAGGGCAGAGGGGCUCAUUUGCAGAGGUGAGGGUGUACUCCCUCGGCCUGUUUGCCGUCGUUUCCUGUCUAAAAAGAGAAAAUUACACAGUUCCCACAAAAGGUUUGUCUCUGAAGCUCCAUAUAGACCCCCGAAUCUGUCUGAACUACCUCCCAGGAUCCUUCACUGCUCCAGUAAUGGCACAAAUCAUGAUUCAGCCGGUAGAUGCCGUCCUCCUGGCUGCCAUCAAGUCCAGGAACGAUUCCUAUAAAUCAGUGGUUUCUACAAGUCCUCUGCUCUCCCUCACCCACCCAUCCUCUCAGCCCCUGAGGAGACCCCUCACUGUCAACCUCCCCUGUCCCCCGAACACUGAAAAGAGGAGGUGCAUUAGGGGACAAGGGGAAGAGGAAGACAACCGAACUCGGCCCGUCAGUGCUUCUCCACUAUGGGAUCAACUUGCUUCACACAGAAGGAGGUUCUUGGGGGCCUCUGUGAAGUCUAAGGAGAUGUCCGAGCUACUGGUUGUUCUGGGUUCAAGAGACAAACAGUGGAGCGUCCUGGAGAAAGUCACUGUCAGAAACCAGCAAAACGGACUGGUGUCCUUUGAGCUGACAGAGAGCUUUGACAGACUCCUGGUGGUUCGUCUCCUCUCCUCACUGCAGCCGUGCCGUCUCACCUCCCUGGCAGAGGAGCUGGAGGAGUCGGUCUGCUGCCACGCGGUCACCGUCGUCCUCCAGUGUAGACGAGACGAGCCUCACGCUGUCCUGGUGGCUGCUCUGCCCAGCAGGGACCUCAGCUGGGAGCUGUCCAAACUGAGAGCCCGGGGAUACAGCGGCCUCCUGGAGACCUCGUCGGAGAUCUCCAUGUGUGAAGGAGACCAGCUUCUGCUCCGGUUCAGUGGCAACAUCACCUCUGCAGGAGCUCAAAACCUCCAACAUGAGCGACUCACCUUCCACAGUCAGCAGAAGAACCACCUCUUGGUGCACCUGAGUGAAGUGGACCCGUUUGGGAACUACAGCUCGCCCCACUAUAAGGGCACGGCCAUGUUUUAUAAGGUCACCAGAGGUCAGCUGGAGUGGCGAGGUGACACAGCGGUGCUGAUGGACGCAAAGCUCCUGGGAGAGCCUGUCUGCAAGCUGUCUCUGACUUUACCCAAGAAAGUGAGAACCAUCAAUCGGCCCAUCACGGCGCGGGUGAAGUUAUGCGAGGGGACAGAUUCCCUGUCAGACUCUCUUCUUCUCUGGCUGUCCGGGGAGCUCUCAGAGGAGGAAGUCGCCCUUCUGGUUCUCUCCCUACGUCUCCGUCGAAGCGCUGCCCAGCUGGUGAAGCUCCGGGCCGGGGACAGCCUGUCCACCCAGGCCUUCCAUGCCCUGGCCAUGUGGAGGAGGGGGCUGCCCGCCGCCCCACACCAAGCCAAGGCCUCUCAGCUGGCUCACUGUUUAGCAAAGAGCGGCAGGCCGGAUCUGGCCAGGGAGCUGCUGCUGCGACAGGCUGCCACCACCAGGCAGGGCUCACUGAAAUAA